AUGGAGGAUUUAGAUGCUUUGCUGGCAGAACUGGAGCAGAGCGCUUGCCCGGCCUCCAAAGACUGCAUGCUGCAGGCGUCAAGCUCCUGCAAGCAGGAUCCGGCCACAGCUGGGCCCCCAGCCCCCUGUGGCCAUGAGCCACUUGCCUCGGCAGCCUUGAAGGUGCAGCUGCCACCUCGGGCUCAGACUCCAGGAGAGGCGUUGAAGACAGCGUACAGCCCCAUACCGGUCCCGCAGCCGCUGCUCCCCUCACCUCCACCCACAGCGGCCGCCCAGCAGCUGGACGAGCUCCUGGCCGACCUGGGCCACAUGCAGAGCAAGCUAGCGGCUGUGGGGCAGGGAGCUGGGGUGCCAGCGGAGCCCUCGCCCUCGCUGGACAACAUGCUGGGCAGCCUCACCCAGGACCUGCAGGAGCUGGGCAUCACAGCCGCCCCCACCGGCGUCUGCGCCGCCUGCCGCAAGCCUAUCGCUGGCAAGGUGCUGACGGCCCUGGGCAAAACCUGGCACCCCGAGCACUUCACCUGCGCCCACUGCGGGCAGGAGCUGGGCGGCCAGCCCUUCUUCGAGCGGGGCGGGCGGGCAUACUGCGAGGAGGACUAUCACCAGGCCUUCUCCCCCCGCUGCGCCUACUGUGCCGGCCCCAUCCGUGAGAAAGUCCUCACGGCCCUGGACCAGACCUGGCACCCCGAGCACUUCUUCUGUGCCCACUGCGGGAAGGUGUUCGGAGAUGACGGUUUCCACGAGCGGAGUGGAAAGCCAUACUGCCGCCAGGACUUCCUGACCAUGUUUGCCUCGAAAUGCCAGGGCUGCGAGCGCCCCGUGACAGACAAUUACCUGUCAGCCCUGCAGGGCAUCUGGCACCCCGAGUGCUUCGUGUGCGCGGAGUGCCUGAGAGGCUUCGCCAGUGGCUCCUUCUUCGAGCUGGAGGGUCGGCCCUACUGCGAGCUGCACUUCCACCAGCGGCAGGGCAGCAUCUGCCAUGGCUGCAGCCGCCCCGUGACUGGCCGCUGCAUCACAGCCAUGGGGCGCAAGUACCACCCCGAGCACUUCAUCUGCGCCUACUGCCUGGGCCAGCUGCAGAAAGGCACCUUCCGCGAGCACGGCGACAAGAUGUACUGCCAGGUCUGCCACAACAAGCUCUUCCUCUGA